GCGGCGGCCAUCUUUCCUCCCGGCAGCUGCUCCGGGUGCAAGUGCGGGGUCCGCGGCCCUGCCGGCGCUCGGGCUCGACCGGAGCGGCGGGGAGGCGUGGAUGAGGGGGGAGGUGGCCGAGGGCUGCUCCCAGUGUCGCCGCCCCUCCCCCCCAGGGUAGUCCGGGCGGGCAGAGCGCCGGCGGGCGCGGGCUCGGGGUCACUUCCUGGCGCGGCCUCGUCCUCGCCGUUCCCCUCCCGCCAGGACCCUCCCCCGGUCGCUGUCCCCGCCGGGGACCCUCCCCCGGGGCCCGCCCGCGCUCUCAGUGUCGGGCCCUCCCAGAUGGGAUAGGCUGUAAAGAUGUUUAGUUUUGAAGGGGAUUUCAAAACCAGGCCCAAGGUGUCCCUGGGAGGCGCGAGCCGGAAGGAAGAAAAGGCUUCUCUUUUACACCGUACUCAGGAAGAAAGAAGAAAGAGGGAGGAAGAAAGACGAAGAUUGAAAAAUGCAAUAAUUAUCCAGUCAUUUAUUCGAGGCUAUAGAGACAGAAAACAGCAAUAUUCCAUCCAGAGAAGUGCAUUUGAUCGCCGUGCCGGCUUGUCCCAGUCCGGUGGCACUUUUUCCAUCGCCAGUGGUCCCAACCUUACCCUUUUGGCGAGGCAGCUUCUGUUUUUUUACAAACAGAAUGAAGACUCAAAACGCUUGAUAUGGAUGUAUCAGAACCUAAUUAAAUAUAGCUCUUUGUUUGUCCAGCAGUUGGAUGGAUCUGAGAGACUUACGUGCUUAUUUCAAAUAAAGAGGUUGAUGAGCCUCUGUUGCAGGUUACUGCAGAACUGUAAUGAUGACAGUUUGAAUGUUGCACUUCCAAUGAGAAUGCUUGAGGUGUUUUCCUCUGAGAACACCUAUUUGCCUGUUUUACAAGAUGCUAGCUAUGUGGUGUCCGUGAUUGAACAAAUUUUGCACUACAUGAUUCAGAAUGGGUAUUAUAGAUCUCUCUAUUUGUUAAUUAACAGCAAGCUUCCAUCAAGUAUUGAAUAUUCUGAUUUAUCUCGAGUUCCUAUAGCAAAAAUUUUGCUAGAGAAUGUUUUAAAACCAUUGCACUUUACUUACAACUCCUGUCCAGAAGGUGCAAGGCAACAAGUUUUCACAGCCUUCACGAAGGAGGUCCUGGCAGCCCCCUUCACGGAGCAGGUCUUCCACUUUGUCAUUCCUGCCUUGGCCGACGUGCAGACCGUCUUCCCCUAUGAGCCCUUCCUGAAAGCACUGUUGUCCAUAGAGGGUCCACGCUCCAAGACCAGUGGUGGAGCGCCGUGGCUCUUCUACUUUGUUUUAACUGUUGGUGAAAAUUAUUUGGGGACCCUCUCUGAGGAAGGACUGCUAGUGUAUUUGAGAGUCCUCCAGACCCUCCUUUCUCAGUUGCCGGUUUCACCUGCCAACACAAGCUGUCAGGAUUCAGCCAGUGACUCUGAAGAUGAGAGUGGAGAGACAGACACGCAGACAAGUGCUCCAGAGGAUGGUAGACUGUCAGUACCAUACAUAACCGAGGAAUGUCUGAAAAAGUUGGAUACGAAACAGCAGACCAACACCCUGUUAAACCUGGUCUGGAAGGACUCGGCCAGCGAGGAGGCCUCCACGCUGAUGGCGGCCAUCUGCCAUACGCUCAUGGUGCAACACCGCGUCAUGGUGCCCAAGGCCAGGCUUCUCUACAGUUUAGCCUUCAAUGCCAGGUUUCUGAGACACCUUUGGUUUCUCAUAUCUUCUAUGACAACACGGAUGAUCACAGGGUCCGCGGUACCGUUGCUUCAGGUGAUAUCGAGGGGCUCCCCUAUGUCUUUUGAAGAUUCGAGUAGAAUCAUCCCGCUCUUUUACCUUUUCAGCUCCCUGUUUAGUCAUUCACUGAUUUCCAUACAUGAUAAUGAGUUCUUUGGUGACCCCAUAGAAGUUGUAGGUCAGAGACAAUCAUCAAUGAUGCCUUUUACUUUAGAAGAGCUGAUAAUGCUGUCUCGAUGCCUUCGAGAUGCGUGCUUAGGGAUCAUCAAGUUGGCUUAUCCAGAAAUAAAACCAGAAGUUCGAGAAGAAUAUAUUACAGCAUUUCAAAGUAUUGGAGUUACUACUAAUUCUGAAAUGCAACAAUGUAUACAGAUGGAACAGAAACGAUGGAUUCAGUUAUUUAAGGUUAUCACCAAUCUAGUGAAAAUGUUGAAGUCCAGAGACGCGAGGAGAAAUUUUUGUCCUCCCAAUCACUGGCUGUCAGAGCAAGAAGAUAUUAGAGCAGAUAAGGUCACCCAGCUCUACGUCCCGGAGUCCAGAAGUGCUUGGAGGUUCAGGCGAAUGGGGAGGAUCGGCCCCCUGCGGUCCACCCUGGACGUAGGUCUGGAGUCCCCGCCGCUGUCUGUGUCUGAGGAGAGACAGCUCGCCGUCCUAACAGAGUUGCCCUUUGUGGUUCCGUUUGAGGAGCGAGUAAAGAUCUUUCAAAGGUUGAUUUAUGCAGAUAAGCAAGAAGUUCAAGGAGAUGGUCCAUUUCUGGAUGGAAUUAAUGUCACAAUAAGAAGAAAUUAUAUUUAUGAAGAUGCUUAUGACAAACUUUCCCCAGAAAAUGAGCCUGAUUUGAAAAAGCGGAUCCGUGUGCACUUACUCAAUGCGCAUGGCCUGGACGAAGCGGGCAUUGACGGUGGUGGUAUUUUCAGAGAGUUUCUAAAUGAACUACUGAAGUCGGGGUUUAACCCCAACCAGGGCUUCUUUAAGACCACUAACGAAGGGCUGCUGUACCCCAACCCAGCUGCCCAGAUGCUUGUGGGGGAGUCCUUUGCCAGACAUUACUACUUCCUGGGCAGGAUGCUUGGAAAGGCUCUCUAUGAAAAUAUGCUGGUGGAAUUGCCCUUUGCUGGCUUUUUCCUGUCCAAGCUGCUUGGAACCAGUGCGGAUGUGGACAUCCACCACCUGGCUUCCUUAGACCCCGAAGUGUAUAAGAAUUUGCUUUUUCUCAAGAGCUACGAAGGUGACGUGGAGGAGCUGGGGCUGAACUUCACUGUGGUGAACAACGACCUCGGAGAGGCACAGGUAGUUGAACUAAAAUUCGGUGGAAAAGAUAUCCCGGUGAGCAGUGCCAACCGGAUUGCAUACAUCCACCUGGUGGCCGACUAUCGGCUGAACAGGCAGAUCCGCCAGCACUGCCUGGCGUUCCGGCAGGGCCUGGCCAACGUGGUGAGCCUGGAGUGGCUGCGGAUGUUCGACCAGCAGGAGAUCCAGGUAUUAAUUUCUGGUGCACAAGUUCCCAUAAGUCUGGAGGACUUAAAAUCCUUUACGAACUAUUCAGGAGGCUAUUCUGCUGAUCACCCCGUAAUCAGAGUCUUCUGGAGAGUUGUGGAAGGGUUCACGGAUGAGGAAAAGCGCAAACUGCUCAAGUUUGUGACCAGCUGCUCCCGCCCCCCUCUCUUGGGGUUUAAGGAGCUGUACCCCGCGUUCUGCAUUCACAACGGGGGCUCCGACCUGGAGCGGCUGCCCACGGCCAGCACCUGCAUGAACCUGCUGAAGCUCCCCGAGUUCCAGGACGAGGCACUGCUGCGGAGCAAGCUGCUCUACGCCAUCGAGUGUGCCGCGGGCUUCGAGCUGAGCUGAGCUGAGCUGAGCCGGCGUGGCCGCGGCCCACCCUCGACGGCGAAGGCCAGGGCCUCCGCGCGGCACCUCCGGCCAGCAGGGCGCCCAGGCUAGACCCCUGGCUCUCCUGGGUCCCUCCCCCGCCACCCCUCUUCCUGCAUUUUUAAAUGAUUUAUUAAGUUGUGCUCUCGUAUUUAGAUGGGCGUUGCUUUUCAAAUAACUUAAAAUAACAAAUGUUAUGUGCCACGUGGCUAACUUAGUAAUUUUGCCAAGAAGAGCACAGUUUUAAGACUGGUGGCAACUCAGUGAAAUUAACCAAAGAUGAAGCUUUGGCUUUGCUGGUGGAACCGAGCACGGCCCGAGCCACGCGGCCCGGGCUCCUGGCAGAGGCGCUGCCUGUGGCUCGGCCCAGCUCUGGGUCUUCAGAGAGACAGGCCUGAGGGCGGAGAGGCUCGCUCUCGGGGGGCCACUGCUUCUCGUGUGGUUGAAUUGUUUACAAGCCUAAUUGGUAAAACUAAAGGCUUUUUUUUUCCCCCCUGCUGCCUUUUCCCGGAGUGGUUAGGUUUGGAAAGUAGAUAACAAUGGUAAGAUUUUAUUUGUGUUUUUUAAGCCGUUUCCCCAAAGUGGGACUAGCUUGUUUGCGGCCUGCCGCUGGCCUGCACCCUGAUGGCUUGGACGUUACUGUGGGGGGUGCUGUGUGAGGCGGGAACUUCCUUUUGUUUCCGUUUCUGUCUCCACCUUGUGCCUGGAGAGCUUUCAGGGGAGGGCGUCUCGGUCCAGUCCCUGCAGCGUGUGUGACCCACGAGGGCUCGGGGAGAGGAGACCCUGCAGCGCCGUCUCAAGUCACUUGAACCAAAGCGGCCCUGCGCCUUUGCACUGCGGCCCGGGCUCCGCGGGCCGGUCCUCCUGGAUGUGCGGGGAUGCCGCGCUCCCGCACCCGCUGCCCCCCACCCCCCGUCGGUGCUGCUGUGUAGGAGGGGCGGGCGGCCCAGGCGCCUGGGGCCUGGGUGAUUCUCUCGGGAUUCGGCACUUUAUCAGGACCUGGGUGGUUUCAGCCUCCACAAGUCUCCAAAAGCGGAGAGCGUUUCAGAGCAUCACCUGUGAACACAGAUGCUGGGGCCGCGGAGGACUCUGGACCGCGCGCGACUUCUCUCCCACGGCUGGUGUUUCGCUGCCACUGGAGCUCUGGGCUGUCGUGUUGAACUGGCCAGAAUUAGCAAUAUACUUCUAAAUGUGGGGGAACUGAAUGACACUUUCAAGACCAUGACCGUUAUCGAAACAAAAUGUAUAAUUUCUUAAUCUGAAGAAUAAAUUAAGUGUUUAAAUGCUCUUUGUAGUGUUGAUACACAGAAAUAAAAUAGGGUUUGUCCUUGGUUUUAUUUUUAUUUUAGGUCGUUUUGUGUUGAAUGUUCUAUAUCUUCUUGAUUUGUAUAUUUUAUUAGUAUUUUGGAAAUGGAAUAUCUGGGACUGAAGAGAAAUGGGCAGUUACACUUAUUUGGGGUUUUUUCCUCAGCUAUUCUGAGCAUAUUUAUUUGUAUGUUCCAGUGGCUAAAUACCUACAUUAAAUUUUUUCCCAAGUCUGUGUUGG